AUAUAGUGAAUUGUCAUGGAUAUUGUUUAUAUUGUUAGGUAUAACGGGUGAUUGUGACUUUUGCGGUUAAAUUCAAAGAUUAAAACAAAAAUUGUAUUUAUAAAAAUAUAAAUAUUAAAAACUAUUUGACCGGCAUAUGUGAAAUAAUCACUAGUGAACAUGUCACAAACAUUUUUGUUAGAACCGGACAUAAUAGCCGCAGCUGAGAAUGUUAUGCCAGACCUAAAUAAUGACUUGGUUAAAGCAAAAAACUUUCUGAAACAGCAGAGCGCGGCAACUGGGGAUUCUUUGUAUGAUCAUCUGGUGGACGUAGUACACAAGAUACUGAGCCAGAAGCCGUCUGAUGUGGUCGACAACUUCGAGCAAUAUUCGUGGGAGGUGAAGCAAGAGAAGUUCCGCCCCAAUUUCGACCUGCUCCACGACAUUUACCUGUCCCCGCUGCAACUCUCCGCGGUUCAGCGACUGAAUGGAAUGUUUAGGCUGGUGGCCAGUAAAUUAAAUAAAAUGGAAAAUCUUGGCGAAGAAGAGCAGGAACUGGAUCUGGAAGAAGACUCAGUGAAGCCAAAGAUCGCUGACCUUAUCGACCACAAUUAUUAUUUCCGAGAGGGUGGGUACGGAUUGCCGCAGAGUGAGUGCUACGCGGUGUACAUCGCCCUCAACAUGCUGGCCAUCAAGGAACCAGUUGCUACUGUCAGAUUCUUCGGCAAGAUUUUCGGCACAAAGGCGAAUUAUUAUAUUGCAGAGACAGAUCUUACCAUAGACGAGCUCGACAGGAGGAUCAGGGAGUUUGAAUUGAAGGAUGUGCCGGGUGAAGGGGAUAGCUUAGAAGAAGCCCGCGUUUUGGAGGCUGAAGAACAAAAGGAAUUAAUGGGCGAAGGUGAAGAACGAGAAGAGAAAUCAAAGGAGCCAGUGCCACCGAAGCUACCGCCGCUGCCGGUGUCCAUGUGGCAGCCCCCACCGCUCAUACCGGUCGAGAGACCCGGCCAGGGAGUUAACAAAAAGGUGUAUUGGGUUUGUCACCUGCCCGGGGAGCCAUGGAUAUGUCUGCCGGACGUCACUCCUGAACAGAUCAGGGUCGCACGGCAAAUCGUAAGGGUUAUGACGGGUGAUCUGGAUGCGGAGGUAUUGUCGUUUCCCCCCUUCAAUGGUACGGAGCGUAACUUUUUGCGCGCGCAGAUCGCACGCAUCGCUUCUGCUACCUCCAUAUCCCCACAGGGUUUCUACACCUACGGCUCCGGUGAAGAGGAAGAGGACAUUGACAUGGAGGAGGGAGGUGGUGACAUGGAUUUCAAUCCGAAUCCUUUCUACCAAGGCCAUACAAUUAAAGAUCUUCUAGAUCCUAACUUAACAUACUGGGUUCAUCAUGGGAGACAUAUCCUGAAACAGGGUAGGACCCUGUGGUGGAAUCCUAAUGCAGAAACGGAGGAAGAUGUAGAAGAAGAAGAGGAUGAAGGUCCACCUCCAAUAGAGCCGGAAAUAGGGCCUCCACUCUUCAGUCCGCUAUCGGAAGACGUCAGGGUCGAAGGGCUGCCAGCGUGGAGUCCUCGCAUCAGUACCAACCUGGUACCUGAUCGCGCUCUAGCAGUAUUGAGAAGUAACAUUUGGCCUGGUGCAGUGGCGUAUGCCACUAAUGGGAAAAAGUCUGAAUGCCUGUACGUGGGUUGGGGUAUUAAGUUCCGUCCGCCUAAUUUUUCUCCGCUGCAGUUGCCGCGGCCCCAGGAGGAGUAUGUCGUAGGUCCAGAGGUCAUGGAGAUGGCCGAUCCCACAUUCGCAGAUGAAGAGGCGUACCGUAUUGCGCAUUUGCCACCUGUACCACCACCGUUGCUGGGCGAGGGUGAUGGCGAAGACUUUGGUGAAGAAGAAGAGGAAGAAGACGAUUAAAAAGUACACGAACAAAUGACUCACCUCUAGAAUUGUAGACCAACAAAACUAUUAACAGCAGAAUAAAGUUAGUAAAGCAAUUAAAUUAAGCAUGAAUACAAUUUACUAAAAGCACGAAGAUUUGCUAUAAAUAAGCAAACGUUUCCUUAACACAGCGAACAAAUAUUACAGUAAUCCCUCCUAUGACACAGUAGAUUCGUUUUUCGAUUCGAUUUAGAAAACGAGUCGUAGAAGUAAUCUCGUAUAACGCACUUGUACGACUCCGUAUAAUGCGCUUGUACGACCCCGAAUAACGCGCUUGUACGACCCCGAAUAACGCGCUUGUACGACCCCGAAUAACGCGUUUGUACGACGACGUAUUACUGUAUUUGCAAAGAUUAAAAAGUUGCUUCUUGUAAGCUUAUUAAAUUAAGUUCAUCUCUCUAAGUAUCGCAAUAGGCGACA